GCCGCUCGGACAGGACUGAGGGUGUAAGGACGAUUCACCCCGGCAUUGGGGUGAUGUCCCGAGGAGCUCAUAGGUGGUCAGGGCGGUUCUGCCCGAGCUGACCUGGGAGCCGCGGAUGCCUGGACCGAGGGAGGGAGAGCCCCUGAUGUGGACAGACUAGACUCCUUCAGUGGAAAACAUUCAACAGCCAGGAGAGCGUGGAAGAGGAAGGAGAGAUGGGAGGGCCCACGGGAGCGUGGAAGGGAGGGUGUUUUCAUUAUAAGUGCAAAGGAACCAGCCACCGGGAAGUGCCUGGGCAGCUCAGGGUGUCCCUCCAGGCACCUGUAUUCUAAUCUUACCUGCGCGAAGCCAUACGCCCACGUCACACAGGAUGCGGGGAAUUCAGCCAUAGCCUGCAGGCGGGGAAUCUUCCUUGGGAGAGGUGGAUUACAAGGACUAUUCCUCCCGCCCGCUGUGCAACAGCCAUGGGCGGCAGGUAGUCAUUUUUGAAGGACCUGGCAAGCAUGGUACCAAUCUCGAAACUGCUUUUUGUCUCCCUCUCCUUGGCCUGGAGAGAGUGACUGGCUAGCGUGUGUGUCUGCCUCCUGAAGCUUCGGGAAAAGGACCAGGGAGAUGGGCAGCCCUUUGUGUCAGGAGAUCUGGAAGCGCCUCCCCUCCCACCGCCUCCUGUGUAAAGGAAACAGCAGGUGGUGUUGAUGGGCCUUUCAUGCACCGGUUUUUGCCAAGGAGAGAAAAACCUAUUGAAACCUACCAGGAGGAUGAGUGGAAGUUUCUAAUGUGCUUUAUUUUUGGAUACAGCGUGCAUGGCAGGCAUUUGCAUUCGUGGCCCUUCCGUGUACUGGAACUGAAAACCUGAAGAAACUGGCCAACAGAUUAGGCAGCCAUCAAUCCACAUCAGAUGGCGCCUGUACUUCCAAGAGGUGGCUUGCCAUCCCCAUCAUCUAGAAAGCCAACCAGGGGACAGGGCAGCUCCUACCACCGACAACACUGCUCCACCCUCAGAUUCUCCUCUCUGACUCCUGCCUGGAGGGUGGCCUCGGCAGGAGCCACACCUCUCUGUUUGCCUGUGUGCACCCUACUUCCUAUCCUUGCCUCCCCUUGGUCCCCACCUGCUACCUUCCUUACAGCCUCAUCCCACCCUCUCUCUCCUUUAAAGAACAGACUGAGAUGACAUUGUUUUCCUCAGUGAGUCUGUCAGGGAGAACAUGAUCAACAAAUUCACGCUGUGGUGUUAGUGGUUCCCACAGAAACCCCAUUGCCCCUCCUGCAGGUGUCUCAGCCAUGGGCAACACUUUAAUCUAGUGGAAUGACAUUGGUGUUAAGAUCUGGGCCACAGGGAUAUGGAGGUGACCUGUUCCUUGGGGAGAGGGUAUGGUGAACAUGAUUGUAAGAACUCUUCUUCCCACCCCUGUGCAUGAUCAAGGCUGUUCCUGGUUCUAUGCUCUCUCAGUACUGUGUUCUAGUUGGACUCUUGUUUUUGUCUUCCUGAACUUGGUGUGUAACUUCAGUAAUUAUGUCUAUGUAAGGUAUGUCUAUGUAUGUGAGUGUUUUUUGGAUAUCUAAAGUAGUCUUGUACUUACAGGGAAGGUGAAGUGAUAAAGCACGUUCAAUUUGGGGACUGAAGCUGGGGACUCUUGUGUGCUCCACCACACACUGACUGCAAUCUCAGACAGCAGCCGCAGCACGGUCCUUGGCAGACAAGGAUGAGAAAAAUAUCCAACCACAGGAGCCUGCGGGUGGCGAAGGUGGCAUACCCCCUGGGGCUGUGUGUGGGCCUGUUCAUCUAUGUUGCCUACAUCAAGUGGCACCGGGCCACCGCCACCCAGGCCUUCUUCAGCAUCACCAGGGCAGCCCCGGGGACCCGGUGGGGUCAGCAGGCCCACAGUCCCCAGGGGACAGCUACAGACGGGCACGAGGUCUUCUACGGGAUCAUGUUUGAUGCAGGAAGCACUGGCACCCGAGUACAUGUCUUCCAGUUCGCCCGGCCCCCCAGAGAAACUCCCACCUUGACCCAUGAAACCUUCAAAGCACUGAAGCCAGGUCUUUCUGCCUAUGCUGAUGAUGUUGAAAAGAGCGCUCAGGGAAUCCAGGAACUACUGGAUGUUGCGAAACAGGACAUUCCAUUCGACUUCUGGAAGGCCACCCCUCUGGUCCUCAAGGCCACAGCUGGCUUACGCCUGUUACCUGGAGAAAAGGCCCAGAAGUUACUACAGAAGGUGAAAGAAGUGUUUAAAGCAUCGCCUUUCCUUGUAGGGGAUGACUGUGUUUCCAUCAUGAACGGAACAGAUGAAGGCGUUUCGGCGUGGAUCACCGUCAACUUCCUGACAGGCAGCUUGAAAACUCCAGGAGGGAGCAUGCUGGACUUGGGCGGAGGAUCCACUCAGAUUGCCUUCCUGCCACGCGUAGAGGGCACCCUGCAGGCCUCCCCACCCGGCUACCUGACGGCACUGCGGAUGUUUAACAGGACCUACAAACUCUAUUCCUACAGCUACCUCGGGCUCGGGCUGAUGUCGGCACGCCUGGCGAUCCUGGGCGGUGUGGAGGGGCAGCCUGUGGCAAGCCUGCACGAGCUGUGUGCUGCCAGAGUGUCAGAGGUCCUUCGGAACAGAGUGCACAGGACGGAGGAAGUGAAGCAUGUGGACUUCUAUGCUUUCUCCUACUAUUACGACCUUGCAGCUGGUGUGGGCCUCAUAGAUGCGGAGAAGAGAGGCAGCCUGGUGGUGGGGGACUUUGAGAUCGCAGCCAAGUACGUGUGUCGGACCCUGGAGACACAGCCACAGAGCAGCCCCUUUGCGUGCAUGGACCUCACCUACGUCAGCUUGCUACUCCAGGAGUUCGGCUUUCCCAGGAGCAAAGUGCUGAAGCUCACUCGGAAAAUUGACAAUGUUGAGACCAGCUGGGCUCUGGGGGCCAUUUUUCAUUACAUCGACUCCCUGAACAGACAGAAGAGUCCAGCCUCAUAGCGGCCGAGCCACCCCUGUCCCCGUCAGCAGUGUCUGCAUAAACCCUCCUGUCCUGGACGUGACUUCAUCCUGAGGAGCCACAGUACAGGCCGUGGUGGCACUUUCUGCACACUGACUCUGGGACUUGCAGAAGGCCUGGUGCUGCCCUGGCAUCAGCCUCUUCCAGUAACAUCUGGCCAGAGGGCUGUCUGGACCUGGGCCCUGCCCAAUGCCCCCUGCCUGCCUGGGCUCCAAGUGGGCAGGACCAGGACAGAACCACAGGCACACACUGAGGGGCAGCAUGGUUCCCUGCCUGCCCCAUCCCUGUGCCCCGUCCGCGGGGCUGUGGCUUCUGCCAUGCGUGUCCCUGCGAUGGGAGUCUUGUCUCCCAGCCCAUCAGUUGCCUCCCCAGGGCAGAUCUCCCCUUCCUUCGAGAGUCUGGGAGGUGGUGCAGGCUGUCCUGGCUGCUCUGGGGAAGCCGAGGGACAGCCAUCACACCCCUGAGACAGUGGGUCUGGGCGGCACCACUGGCAACUCUGGACUUGAGCGUGUUUGCCUCUUCCUUGGGUAUGAAUGUGUGAGUUCACCCAGAGGCCUGCUCUCCUCACACCCUGUGUGGUUUGGGGUUAAUGAUGGAGGGAGACACCUCCUCACAGAUGGCAAGUGCCCACUCUUCAGGGAAUCUCCCAGCGUGGGCGAUGCCAGGCGUGAGCUGCUGUAAACAAUUUGUGGCUGUGCUGCUUGAGUGACAUCUCUGUCAUGUGGGUGCCAAGUGCUUGUGUAGAAACUGUGUUCUGAGCCCCCUUUUCUGGACACCGACUGUGUCCUGUGAAUGUAUCGCUACUGUGAACCGUUGCUGCCUAGCCAGGGCCAUGUCUUAGACGCAGCUGUGCCGCGGGUCGGCUGAGCCACAGUCCCAGAACCAAGCUCUCGGUGUCUCGGGCCACAAUCCAUCCACCUCGGGCUGACCCCAGCUCCUCCAUGGACAGUGUGAGCCCCGAGCCAUGCGUCCUGCUCAGUGUGGCAUGGGUGCCCAGGGCCAAGCCCGCCCCGCUGCUUCAGUGAAUGUACAGUGCCCGGCACGAGCUGAACCUCAUGUGUUCCACUACCAAUAAAAGGUUGACAGGGGCUUCCUCUCCUCUGGG